ACACUAGCAUAUAUAAAUCGAGAUAGCACCGUACACUUGCACAGUUCAUCCUCUUUCGGCGGACAGUGAAGGUUACCUGCUUCAACAGUGCUUGAACGGCAACCUUUUCACUGCCCAGAACCUCUCUGGACGAAACUAUCGCUUUAACAACUCUGCUUAAUAUCCAGAAGCUUGAACUUGAAGCUAAAUCGUUAUUUUAGCUAAGGAGCUAACUGUUUUGCUAACAGCGCAAUAUCAAAGACCUCCUCAGAAAAGAACUAUGACUUCCCAGGUGAGACAGAACUUCCACCAGGACUGCGAGGCUGCAAUCAACAGGCAGAUCAACCUGGAGCUGUAUGCCUCCUACGUUUACCUGUCUAUGUCGUACUACUUUGAUCGGGAUGAUGUUGCAUUGUCCAACUUUGCAAAGUACUUCCGUGAGCAGUCGCAUGAGGAGCGUGAUCAUGCGGAGAAGCUCAUGAAACUGCAGAACAAGAGGGGUGGAAGGAUCUUUCUGCAAGAUGUCAAGAAACCAGACAGGGAUGAGUGGGGUAGUGGUGUCGAGGCUCUUGAAUGCGCCCUGCAGCUUGAGAGAAGUGUGAACCAGUCACUACUGGACUGCCACAAGCUGUGCUCUACUCAUAAUGACCCACAUCUGUGCGAUUUCAUCGAGACUCAUUACCUGGAUGAGCAGGUGAAGUCCAUCAAACAGCUGGGAGAUUAUGUGACCAACCUGCGCCGCAUGGGAGCACCUCAGAACGGCUUGGCUGAAUACCUGUUCGACAAGCACACUCUGGGUGGCGAGAGCAGCUAAAUCGGAUCAAACAGCUGGGCUACAUUCAUGUUAACAUUUAAGCCACUAGUUUAAUGUCAUCUGCAUUUUAAACCCUUUAGUUGCAUGAGAUCCCUCCACUAGCUCUUAGCUUUGCUUGUUACAUUCUUGUGAAAUGCCUAAUAAAAACCAAAUGAACCAGAAA